CGCCACACGGCAAUGGCGUAUGUUGUUAGUGUUCUUGCGUUGUGGUUGGUAUCUGGCCAACAGGUUAUAUUGUCAUUCCAUCAGAAUACGCAACGCGAGUGUACAUAAAACAUUGUUUUAAAGACGAUCGUGAACGUGACUGUAUCUUUGAAAAGCCGCGGUGCAACCUUCUCGCAGGAUCCCGGAUGAUCUACAAGUGAUCCAAUAUGGCGUCGACCGAUCUGUCGUUCGGCUGCAUACCGGCGUUCUACAGAGAAGUCUACGAGAAGAUCUGUUCUCCCACGAGUGGAAAUGUGGAACGAGAGGUGUUUAAAUCCCUUCUUGUCAAGUCCCAGCUGAGCAGCUCCGUUCUCAGCCAGAUAUGGGAAUUGGUGGACAGCAAGACGGGUUAUCUAACCAGGAGCGGAUUAUACAAGGGCCUUGCUCUAGUCGCGUUUGCCCAGCAAGGAAAGCACCCAAGCGACAAACUCCUGGAAAACUCUGAAUCUCAAGAAUUACCUGUUCCUGUUCUGGGCGAUCUCUCCGAGGUAACACUAUUGGCUCAGAGGUUGCACAAAGGGAGCAAUCCAGCCAAGUUGAAUCUCACUUAUUCGGAUAUAUGCAAUUUGGACAUGAUAGAGGUGAACCUGGUGCCAGAGAAAAAAGGAAUUUUUUUGAAGCACGUGGAGUAUCAAGUAACCAGCAAGAGAUUCAAUUCCGUCGUUUAUAGACGUUAUAACGAUUUUGUGUCGUUGCACGAGCUUCUCUUGGCAAGAUUUCCUUAUAGGUUGAUACCGAAAUUACCACCGAAGAAGAUUGUGGGAGCUGACUCUCAAUUUCUGGAAGAAAGAAGACGAUCCUUAUUAAGAUUUCUUACCGUAAUUGCUCGUCAUCCUGUAGUGAGCAAAGAUCACAUCGUGCAAUUCUUCUUUACUUACACUGGCGAAGAAACACAGCACAAAAUUCGUGAGGUGUUCAGGCGAGUACCUGACGAGUUUGCAACGUCAGAAUUGUCGUCGAGGGCAAAGGAAUUGGUGCCUCCGGAAACAUUGACCGAGUUCGCGAACAGUCGCGACCAGAUCAGAGUGAUACUCCUCGGAAUUUCCCGAUUAAAGAAUAUUGCCGAUUGUUUAGCAAUCAGAUCGCACAGUUAUGCGGUAGAUAUGGCGGAAUUAGGUACUCAGUUAAGCAAUUUAGCUUCGGAACCGCAUGGCACCACUGCUUGGGCCACUGGUGGUUCCACUAUUUGGCAAGAGAUGAAGAAAGGAUUCCACAUAAUUUCGAAAGAAUUCAAUCUACUUUCAACAAGAGCUCUUCAACAAGCAGUCCGAGAGGAAACGAUGAUAUGUGAAAGGCUGAAUCUUCUCUUAGACGUUCUAGUGGCGCAUAGAAUCCUGUGUGAGAGGCACGAACGUGGUGUCAGCGCCGAUCAUCAACGUGCAUUGUCUACUAUGUUAUCCUUAAAGAAGCGGCAAAUGCAAGGAGUGAUACGCGGAACUGACAGUGAUACAGUUGAAUAUCUUGAAAAUAAAAUGGUGGCUCAGGAGUCGGUGAUUGCAAACGUCGAGUUACGAAAUUGCUUUUCGUUGCACUGUUUGCACAUGGAGACACAGCUCGUUCACGCCCAUUUAGAAAUACUUGCUACAGUUCUACAGAGUCUUGUCAACGUGCAAAUUCGUGGUCAUUCUGAGCUCGCUGAAGUAUGGAAGUUGAUAGAACCAACAAUCAUGAAGUGUUUACCAGAGAAAUCAACUACUGGAUCGAACGGAAUUUCAUAGCGAGAAGAAAAUUUUAUUUUGUAACAAGGUAAGCCUUGUUGUUAAGAAAGAAAACCGUGAAAUAAUUAUAAUGUACUGUUUUAAGA